CUUCGAUCUGCUGGCGGUUUCGAUCGGCCGGUGGUUUCGAUCUGCGGCGAUCCAGCUGCCAUCCAAAAGCCGAGCCCAAGCCGCCGUCCUGUCUGCAAGCACGGCGCCAUGGACUCUCACAAGGCACAGCGGGAGGCCAUUCGGCGAGAGUCCCGAUCGCUGUUCAACCGCCUCAAAUCUAUCAUAGAAGAUGCCCAAUUCGUCACGGAGGUCGCCGAUAGUCUGUCACAGUUUCCACUCGUCGCCAACGAACGGUGCGGCUCGUGGUAUAUCGACCCAGAACGACGAGCCGACCAAUCCGUUUACUUCAAAUCCACCGACGGGCAUUUUGGCAAGUGGGACUUCAACAUGAAGCGUCUCAACUGGCACAUCCUCAAGCUCGUAGGCUCCAGCGGGGGCUGUGUCAUUGUCGAUUCGACCCGAAACGGCAAGCGCAUUCCCGACAGCCUCUCCAAAACGGUGCCGAUCUGGUGUUGUGUAAUCAACAGCGCCAUCGAACGACAUCGGUUGAUGGCUCUGCCAGCUCCGCUGGAGAAUGCGACACAAGAGGCAGGAGUCGAGUGGGACACUCAGUUCCACUCCCUACCAUCGGUCGUCUCGCGGUCCGAGCACGCACAGAUUCAGGAGCGGAUCCCGAUGUUUGUCGAGCGACUGAUGAGCUCAAGCGUCAACAUGGCUUUGGCCUCUGCUCUACUUGCAAAGCCGCUGCGCCCCAUCUGGAUCACCCAUCAAACCGACCUUUUGCAUCUCAAAUCCAUUUGGUCCGAUUACAACUCCAGAUCGGACGACAGCUUUCCCUAUCUUCCAAUCUUCCUGGUCACUGCAUCGCAAGCUGUGCCGGAUGGCCAGGGCGAUCGCGAAGGAUACACAUAUGUACAAGGAUCCGCAGACGACCACGAAAUGUGGGGCCAGGGUCUGACGGUGCCGCUUUUCUGGAGCAACAUCGAGCGAAUCGCGGCGAUAGCAGACCAGGACGAGUGUGAAAGCACCGUGCGCGAGAUCGUUGCCGCUGCAAAGCAGGUCUUGCGCGAGGACGAUGCAGCUACGAUCGGCGCUGGAAACUUGUUUGACUGGAUCGGCGACACAGGAAUUGCAAUUGGCCGUGUGCGUAGCGGCAGGUCACCAGGCUGCUGGGAGCACUUUGAUGUGGUUGUCAACUGCGGGGCUGCUGAAGACCCUGACAAUGCCGGACGACCAAACUACUUUUACCUGCCGAUCCCGGAGGGCAAGAAGGGCCAGCAUGACCUCGGCGCCCAGAUUCCACAUAUUCUCCGGAUAAUGGCCGAGUGCUACUCAAAAUCGCGGCCGCGGGUGCUGUUCCACUGUGCCCAGGGCAAGGACAGAUCCGUUGGGAUUGCGCUCGCAACCCUGCUGCAGUUCUACAAUAACGGGGACCGCAGCCUGGUGCUCAACGAUCCACUCACGACUAAGCCCCGGAUCAACAAGAACGAUAUCCAGAACGCACUGCUGUUUGUCCAGUCGUUUCGGCCGGUGGCCCGCCCAUCACGAGCAACGAUCAAGCAACUCACAACAUACUUCAUGAGCAGCAAAUAGUCGACUACAGAGCCUUCGCAGCGCUGCAUGUUAUUGCAUGUUGUUGCAUGUUGCGUUGCAUGUUGAGGUUUCUGCAAGCACUAGCAGAGCUUGCUUCCACAUAUUCAAUCCGGCGCAACGGAUACUGCCCAUGUCUCACCUGGCGACCACCUAACAGAUACAAUCAGACACGCUCGCGCACUCUUGCUCUGCACACUCAACAAGUGCGUAGUAUUGUCGAGGGUGCAAUGGAUGAUCAUGGUGAAUGAUGGAUGAGCAUGUAUUCCCACCAAAAUGAAGGCUAUACAAUCGGUCCAUAGGGAAACGGGACAGUCCUUCUCUGGCAUCAGCGAUGCAAGUCUGCUGAUCCGUAGGCUCCAGUCGGCGAUUGUCUCCCGUCCUGGUUGGCAAUCUCUUGUGUGGUGCAUUCACUCGACC